UCCCAAAUCCCCGUUUCUCUUCCUCCAGAUCAGUCUUCUCUUUGGCUUGGCCUUCACGAUCCCGUCUUGGAACCUGGCCGCUGCUGCGGAAAAUUAGGGUCUUCUUUUCUCGAUUCUUUCUUUUGCUUCUGGUUUUCUUCGGGUUAGGAUGCCGGCGGUCGUAGAACCUGGGAGCGUCGGCAGCGGGGUUAGGUUUAAAGAACCCACGGCGGAUUCCCUGGCGGCGGAGGCGACAGGGAAUUGUGACCGGGGAGGCGCUCCGCGUGGCUUGCCGAUGCAGAGGUUCGAGCCGAGGGAAGACCCGUCUUUCUGGAAGGAUCACAAUGUGCAGGUUGUGAUUCGAAUUCGGCCACUUAGCAGUUCUGAGAUAACCCUGCAAGGACACAGCAGAUGCAUCAGACAGGACAGCUGCCAAAAACAUUACUUGGAUUGGACAUUCAGAGUCUCGUUUCACCUUUGAUCUCAUUGCUGAUGAGCAUGUCAGCCGGGUACAAAGUAUUUUCACCCUUUUUCUGGUCCUACUCCAUGAUGUCAUAGCUUUGAUAGAGUGAUGCAUUUGGUGCUUAACAGGAGAACCUACUCAAAGUGGCUGGUGUCCCAAUGGUUGAGAAUUGUUUAGCAGGCUAUUACAGCUGUAUGUUUGCUUAUGGCCAAGUGAGUUCUAGCUAUAGCAUUUUUAAGUAUUUUAUUUGUAUACAGCUUCUACUGAACUGAACAUGUCACGCUUUAUUCUUUGUAGGAAUUAGAG